AUGGCUGCUGUCGGCGCGAAGGCGGUGCCGCCCACUCUGCUGUCGCUGUGCCUGCAAGCGGUCGCCGCACAUCUCACCGCCGACGCAGCAGGCGCGGGUCGAUCUGGUGGUCGCGGUGCUCAUUUCGACGGGCUCGUCCAGGAGCACGAGGAGGAGGAGGAGGAGGAGGAUGGCGGCCACCUCGCGCCGGAGCAGGUCGCGGAGGCGCUGCCUUGGGAGCUUCUCCAUCAGCUGGCGUCUUCUCUGCCGCCGUUCGCUCUCGAACUGCUCCAUCACGGCGCCCAUGCCCGAUGCUGCUCUUCCACUUCCCUUACGGAUCGAUCCGGAGAGCCGGACGGCAAUAGACGUGGGACUAAACGUUCAAGGUGUGAAGACUUCAACACUGCAUGGCAGGCAUUGUUCGAAUUUCGCUGGCCCCUCCAUGAUAACACUGGACAUGAUGACUUGGUUACUGUAGAUUGGCAGCAGCGAUACUGGGAAAAGCAUUUGCAAGAGUGCCUGGAUGAAGCUGCCGAGGCUGCGUUGCUUCCUUUAUUUCGUGGUAGUAUUGGUGAGCUAAGUAUGUCAGAUAAAAUCAUGAGUUCCGUUUACCUCAGUGAGAACAUAGCCCAACAGUAUUCCAGACUGUCAUAUCAUUGGACCAUACUUGGAUCUUAUGCAAGGUGCUUGAGAUUUCAAAAUGUGCUUUGCACAGCCGAAGUUUGUGACAUGUUGCAACAUAGCAGGCUAGAAACGUUGGUGUUCGUAAGAGUCAUAUCAGAGCUUGAGGUAAAUGGUGUAUGCCUGCUUCUGAGCUGCCAUGCAAAGACACUAUUAUCUCUUGAAUUUAUCCACUGCCAGCUUUAUCCUGCAGUCAUGGAUAAAGUUUGCACUAGUCUUCGCCAGCCAGGAUCCCAAAACUACAAGAUCCAGUCCUUUAGUAUUAAAUCAUCUCGCAUUGAUGAAAGCAAGUCUCUAACCACCUCUGCUGGUCUAUUAAAUCUUCUGUCAUAUGCAAAGUCGCUGCAGUUGCUGUCAUUUAAUGAUGUUAAGAUGCAGCCAUCAUUUGCUAAGAUGAUUAUUCAUACUCUCCUUGAAUCUUCCUCUGGUUUACAAACGCUUGACUUGUCAGAAAACAAUCUUGCAGGCUGGCGUUCUACUGUAGACAGAAGUUCUACAAGUUUCUCAUCAGCACUGAAGUCAAAUACAUCCUUGAACUCCUUGACUGUUCUUAACCUAAGGGGAAACAAUUUGCAGGAGGGGGACAUGGAGUAUAUAUGCAAUAUUCUAGCAAAGAUGUCUAAUUUGAGAAGUUUAGAUAUAAGUGACAAUCCAAUCACUGAUGAGGGUAUCAGAUACCUUAUUCCUUUCUUUGAAUUAGCUCUUCAAAGGGGGAAUCCAAUUCGGAAAUUAAGAGCAGAGAACUGCGAUUUGUCCAGUAUUGGUGUGACUAAACUUCUUGAGUGCCUCACACCGAUUGAUAAACCACUUGAUAUGCUGUCUAUAGCAGAUAAUCAUCUUGGGAGUUCUGUGGCAGCUACAUUAGUAAAAUUCCUGGGUUCACAUGUAAGGGAGCUCAAUGUUGAAGACAUCGGCCUAGGACCACUAGGCUUCCAAAUACUUGAGAAAGCAUUGCCAAGGAAAGUAAAUCUCUCCCACAUCAACAUCAGUAAGAACCGUGGUGGGAUGGGUACUGCGCACUUCAUUUCCAGGCUGAUACUGCAAGCGUCAAACCUUGUAUCAGUCGAUGCAGGAUCUAACCUUUUACCUCCUGAAUCGUUGGAAGUGAUUUGUAAUGCAUUGAAGCAAACAACAUGUAACUUGACGCGAAUAGACCUGAUGGGCAACCUGCAAUUGUCAAGUGCUAUCUUCCCUGCAGUCUUUGAGUUCAAGAAGCGCGGAAAGCCAAUCCUGCUUGUUCCGUCGCAGCAAGGUAGCUGUGCUCCCUAUGAUGCCGACCCGUAA